AUGACUAUCCACAACCUUUACAUCUUUGAUCGUCAUUGUCAGUGCAUCUACUUUCAAAAAUGGAGCCACAACAACAAAUCUAGCAAUGCAAGCACCAAUCUUACAUCUUCCAACAAUGCUAGCAAUAACAAUAGUCAACUUGGGAACUCUGGCAGUCGUUUAGGUGGUCUAGCCACCUCUUCUUCACGUUUCUCAACAUCAAGUGCAACAUCAUCCAGUGCAGCAGCAGAAGGUGGAUCACCUAGUUUGAUACGUAGCAACGGUGGUGCUGGUGCAGAUGAUGCAACAAAUCAGCUUCAAACUACUGGCAUCACACAACAAAGCGGUUUGGCUGCAGGAAGCGUCAUCUCUAUUGAAGAAGAAGCCAAGCUUGUGUAUGGUGUGGUUUUGUCUUUACGUAACUUUGUUCGUAAAUUGAGUGGCAAUCAAGAUGGAUUUAUUUCUUACAAAACCUCGACAUAUCGCUUACAUUAUUACGAAACACCCACUGGUCUUAAGUUUGUCAUGAAUUCAGACCCUAAUACCGAGAGUUUGAGAUUGGUGCUCAAGCAAAUCCAUGUUCAAUUGUAUGUGGAAUUUGUAGUUAAGAACGGUUUGAUGCGAUUUGAUGAUACCCGUUGGGAGAUAAGUCAAGGAUUCUUGCAAAAUUCUCAACCCGCAGCAACAGCAGGACAGGAUGACACCAACACAACUACCACAGCAACCACAUCCAGCGCUUUACCUCCUCCUCCACCAGGCAACAUUUCGAAUGAACUCUUUAGAGUUGCUGUGGAUAGAUUUAUUCGUAGCUUAAAGUCAUUUGAAUAA